AGGCCCGGGCGCACAGGGCGGGGUCGGCAAUGAAUGCAGCUCACGUCCCCUGCCUCCCGAGGGCUUCACCCAUUCUUAGCGAAUUCUUUUGGAGAAAAACAAAACAAAACCACUUUACAUGCCAUCGGUUCGGUCGUCAGCGUUUCCGCCGAGUUAGAACGGGACCGAAGCGUCUGUGCCGGGUUGAGGAGCGAGCUGGAAGUCGCCUCGGAGCGGCGCUCCCUCCCACCGAGAUGCGCGCGCUGUUCCUGCUGGCCGCAGCGGCCUCGCUCACCGCAGGUUCCUCCAGGGCCGUGAACGUGACGGGGCCCGCGGGGUCAGUGCGGGGCACGGCAGCCAGCACCGCGCUGCUCUCCGUGCGCUAUUCGUCGCAGAGCGGCGGCAUGCCCGUCAUCAAGUGGCGCCUCAUCCGGCCCACGAGCGGCGCUCACUCGCCCUCGGUCUCAAGAACGGUGAUGGUGGUGCAGUCGUUUGGCGGAGAGGGACAAGCACCCGCGGCGGAAUUUGCCAACCGGGUCCACGUGUUCCGCAACGGCUCGCUGCAGCUGAUGCUUCUACGGCUGUCCGACGAAGGGACAUACGAAGUGGAAAUCACCAUCACGGAGGACGCUGUCGUUGGACAUCACUCCGUUCAGCUCACAGUCGAUGUGCCCAUCUCCAAGCCCGUGGUUAUUAUCUCCUCCCCGGUGGCCGUGGAGAUGGCGGAGGCCGUGACCAUGAACUGUUCGCACGUGAACGGCACCCGGGCCGUCUACGCGUGGCUCAAGGGGGGAGCGCCGCUGACCAACGGCUCAAGGCACCGGCUGUCGGCGGGCGGUCACUCGCUCACGCUGGCGCCCGUGCUGCUGGGGGACAGCGACUCGUACGCGUGCCUCGCCAGCAACGCCGUGAGCCGGGGCGCGAGCGAGCCCGUCCUGCUCACCGUGCACCGGAGAAUGGCUGUCUACCUAAUCCUGGGAGGUUGCGUAAUCCUCAUUGCCAUCGUCAUUACGUCCGUCUGCCUUUGCUGCAACCCCUCCAAAACUGCAGAGGCCGAGAGUGCCCAGCUCAGCCUGACCGAGAAGAAGUUCCCCCAACCCCGAAGAGGAUCGGCCUCCUCGCUCCCCUACGCCGAGGCCACGUAUGAGACGUCGCGGGGCCCUGCCACGCGCAUCAAGCCGAGAGACCGCGGGGGGAACGAGGGCCCAAUGUGGAAUGCAUCGGAAAGCUGCGAGUCUCGAGUCAGUCCUCACACUCAAGGGACCUACCACGGAGAAUCGCGUGAUGAUUACCGUGACGAGUGUAGCAGCGGCAGCAGCGGCAGCGGCGGCGACCACCACGGGAGCGACGGCCACGCGGGGGUCGGGGACGCGGCAGGCGCCCCGCGCGUCCCCAGGCCCGGCGGGGCCACUUGGCAGCAGCAGCAGGAGCGGAGAGAGCGCGGCCUCCCCCACGCCGGCGAGCCGCACCGCUCGGGCCCUCGGCGCCAGGGCCCGGGCGGCCACACGGAUCCCUCUCUUGGGCGCGGGAGCCGCGACGACGACGGCCACGACGUCGCGCACUGCGAGAACGAAGACGCGCAGAGCUCUCGCAGCGUCUGAACGACGCGCGCAUGCCGCGUCCGUCGUGCUGGAGGGGGGCUCGGGCCGAGGCGAAGGGGCCACGCGAUCUAGACCGAUAGACGCUACCGGCUCGCUAACGCGCACGCCAAAGUGAAAUGCGGAGGAUUUACACCACGCGGAUAAAUAUUGAUCACCGAUUCACUCCAGUCACUUACUCAUUGGCGGUCAGUCACGUUCUUAUCACUCUGCUAUCGCUACUACCUUGGUCACUGUUCCCGUACACGUCACUCAUUGAGUCAUCCACCCAUUUAAAGUAUUCAGUCUACCAGACGGUUACAUGUCAUCCACAGUGUGUUCAAACAUCACACUGCAGGUCACAUUACUUUCUGUUAAUACAAAAACAAAAAGCGUUGCACCUCUCCAUAUGCUGCUAUGCAUUGCAGUCAUAACCACAGUCAUGUUGUGUUGCUGCUUCGAUGAAUGUCAAGUGACACCACCUGGCCCAGAGCUCUUUCUCCCUUAUUUCGUGUUGAGGUGACUUUUGAACCCUCCUCAUCAACUGAGCGCCAUUCUCAUUCCUAUCCUUACAUUUUUUUGCUGUAUUCUGCACCAAAUUCCUCCAAUAACUCUACCAUUAUAUCUAUUACGAGAUACGGUUCCAACUUUUCUCACGAGGCAAUAUUUGUGAAUCGCCAAAUAUGAACCUCAUUUGUGCUGCUUUCAAGCUCUAAUAUUCUGGUUGCUUGCUAUGGCGUCAUUUAUCUCUGUGUUGUGACCCAUGGUUUUAUUUAUCACUCGUUUCCUAAUCGUUUUACAGAGUUCGGAUUAUUCAGUCAUUUGUAAGUCUCUUUUUUUAAUAUUUCACGUAACUUUUGUGGUCUCAAUUUACUGUCUGCUCCCAUACCUUUCGCCCCAUUAUGAAAACAUUAUCCGUUAUUGUAACGAUAAACCUUUUUAAGUGGUGACAUCCAUUUAAUGCAUUUUCUCCUUUAUAUGUUUGAAAUUGUUGCUCAAAAUCUAAGAUAAGCUCCCCACUGUCCGAGUUUCUGGUGUUGGCUUUGCCGGCAGCUCGUUUUUCCCUCUCUGUGGCAAUGCUGAGGUGCGACUUGCACCGCGAAUCGCAUCGCACCGGUCUAAGAUCGUCCCCUACGUCGAUGCUGUUAAUACGUUGAAGUUGCUGAUAGACGGUGCUAUGAUUCACGUCCCAUCUUGGUAGUGUAACCAUGUAGUUUCCGUAUGGAAGGCUCCCAUUUUAGCAUUCACUUUGUACCGUUUCACAUUUUGCCGUGAGUUUUUAUGAAAAUAAAGACAUUAUCUAAGUGUUCAA